AUUUAUCUCAUUACUUAUUCAGCUCUCAGCAAGUAGAAAGCUGCUCACCAAAAAUAAUAACGAUAAAUAAGGUGCAAGUGAUAAAUUUGAAUAGCACGUGCUGGAUACAGACUCUUCUUGAGGCCGUCAUGAAUCACGCUGCACAAAAAGGGGAAACAGCCACCACCGUCAAACCGAAAGAAAAAGAUGAAGUUGCCGUACCAAUUCCCCCAGAUGGGGGCUACGGCUGGGUGAUCGUCAUCGCUUCCUUCAUCUGCAACAUGGUAGUGGACGGAGUGAGCUACUGCUUCGGGAUCUUCAAAGACGACCUCAUGGAGUACUACGGAGAAUCGAGCGGGAAGGUUGCUUGGGUGGGGUCGAUUCUGACAGGUGUCACGAUGUGUUCGGGCCCUCUGGUGAGUGCCUUCGCGAACAGAUACGGUUGCCGCCUGUGCUGCAUAGCUGGAGCCUUGAUAUCAGCAGCAGCUUUCGGAUUAUCAGUGCUGUGCCCCUCGGUGGAGAUGCUGAUGAUCGUCUAUGGGGUAGUAGGAGGCAUCGGUUUCGGACUGAUGUACUUGCCGGCAGUGGUGUGCGUCGGGUAUUACUUCGAAUCCAGGAGGUCUCUGGCUACUGGAAUAGCUGUGUGUGGAUCUGGAUUCGGAACAGUCGUGUUCGCGCCUUUGGGAACGUAUCUGUUGCAUUACGGGUGGAAAUCUGCUCAUUUGUGGCUCGCAGGGGUGUGUUUGGCUUGCGUCGUAUUCGGGGCGCUUAUGAAACCGAUUGAGUAUGCUGGCGAAGAGAAAACUUUGAAGUCUUAUAAAGUCCAAGGAUCGCAUAUCACUCUGCAUUCCAACGGAGAAGUGGCGAAGGCUCAUACAAGUUUGGUGGACAUCGCCACUUCAAGAGUAUCAAUUUCCAGCACCAGAAGUAAAACGAGCAAUGUUCUGCCUCCUUUGGCAAGAAAGGAUGUUUUCUAUGGUGGAUCUGUUACAAACCUGAAAGAAUUCCAAUCGCAGAAAUCUCUCCAUAACUAUAGACAGAGCGUACUCAGCAUACCACAACUGAAUUCAAAAAAGAGCCAACUACUGGACAUGGAUCUGCUGAAAGACCCAGUAUUUCUCGCCAUAGCGCUUGUGAACUUAUUCUCCUUUAUUGGACUGUACAUUCCAUUUGUAUAUAUUGGUGACCGCGCCAAAGAAGAUGGAUUCGACGAUGAUGCCGCGUCAUUCCUGAUUUCCAUAAUGGGGAUAACGAACACUGUGGGACGUAUAGUGUGUGGAUUCAUAGCAGAUUUCCCGAAAGUAAACACAAUGUGGGUGCACAAUAUUUGCUUGGUGGUGAUGACAGCAUCAGUAGCAGCGAUACCAAUUUGCCACUCCUACGCAGCUUAUAUUUCUGUAGCGACAGUUUAUGGAACAUCCAUGGCUGGAUUCAUUUCUCUGUGCUCCAUUCUACUCGUAGACUACCUGGGGCUAGACAAAUUGACCAGUGCUUUCGGUUUUACUCUUCUGUUUCGAGGAACCGGGGCCUUCAUAGGAUCUCCACUAGCAGGAAUGCUAUUCGACGCUACCAAAUCGUACACGGUAUCAUUUUUGGCAGGAAGUGCGUUUUUUGGCAUAGCGUCGGUUAUAACAUUUUUAGUUCCGGUACUUCACAGAAGAAAAGCCAAGACCGUGACAGACGAAGAGGCGAUGACGCCCAUGAAUGCGAAAAAAGAAGAAGAAGAAUAGUUUAAUUUCAUACCUGAUGGAUGCCCAAUGUUGCCAUAUAGGUUGCUACGAAUUGUAACCAAAUGAUAAUCAUUGCUUAAACUGUCUGUGAAUCUUAGCGUAAGGACUAACAUGAAUAAUUGUAUAAUAGGGAAAAGACUAAGCUACAAAUCAAUAUAAAAAGACUGUGAUUUUCAAAACUUGUGUAGAUACUUUGCUUCAAUAUUUGAGAAGACAUGUGUAUUAGUUUAUGACAACAGUUUUGCACUUCCACAGAAAACUUUUUCUUUCGAUUUAAAUUUAAAUGAUCUCUAUAUAUUCCCAGCUGUGUUAAUAACUGUUAAACUUUCUUCCACGGCCGAAGGCUCGUUUCUUAAUACAAUAUUGACUGGUGUAGCAUUUUUAAAAUUUUACUUUAUUACUUCUACCUUAAAUGGAUUUCGUGAAAAAUUUAGAUCAAUCAAUCAUUCCAACCAGGUUUUCCUUCGGCAUCUUAUUAUACCUCAAAAUUGAAAAUCCAGUUUGUUGAUAUCGAUGAAUGAACUUGAUUUAGGACCAAAGAUGCAAAAAAUCAAAAAGAAUAUCUUUAAACUAUAGAGAUUCUCUCUUUUCACUUCAAUUCCAAUGGCAGUAUCAAUAAAAAUAAAUAUUAAUGGAAGGCAUUAGGAUUCAUUCUAAGGAUCUUCAUUAGGACAGUUUAAACUAUCCACAAAAUGGUACAGUAAAAGUGCAUCUAAAACAUAACUAAUAUAUAUGAAAAUAUCUGACGCUUUAUUUCAUGAAUCUUAAAGAGUUCUGCGUUAAAAUUUUUUCAUAAUCAUCAACUAUAAAUUAUAAUAGCACCUGAAAAACUGUAGUGAAAAUCAACUUAUCGCUCAUGCAAAAGAAUAAAACAUUGCGUCUAACUGAAGAGUAAAAGCCGUGACGGAUUACAAAAUUACAAGUAAUGAUGAGUCAUGUUAUAACAGAAAAGUAAUAAGGAAACUCAGUUGCAUGAAUUCAAAUCAAAAAAAGCUAUGCUAGAAAGUUGGCCAACAUUCAACAUUCAGCUGUCAUUUCAGAACGGUCAUCUCAAAUUUGUAUCUACUAAACUGAUGAAAAAAUUAUUGAAGAUUGUUGAACAUUUUUGUUGUUUAUAUGGAAUCAUUUUCAGUAGUAUAGGGAAAUCAGUGACGCUAUAAUAUGGACAGGCCAUUAAAGAGGGAGCAUUGACUCCAACAUGAAGAGAUUGACGUUUUGGCAUUUACGUCACUAAUACACUCAAUGUCAGAUAAAACGUCACGAUAUUUUACGUGUUACAUAUUUCCAUUGCGAAAAUUUUGAGAUCAGGUAUAAAGCAGUAGCCAAGACUUUGUGUGAUCCACAGGUGGAAUUUACUAUUGUGUAGAAGUGACAUCACUGCCGGUCUAUAUUGUCAUGUCUAUGAGUGACAUAUGAAAUAGGGAAUCAUCGCGGUUUUGUUCACAUAUACAUAAACUGAAUAGUUGUUUCAGGUGUACUUCGAUUAAUACAAAUGUAAGGAAUAUGUUGCCAUUUUUCUAUUUGUUUGAGUACAGUAACAAUAGAGUUAUAUUUUUAUUAUUAUUUCAUCCUCAUUAUUUAAGCUCAAUGAUUCCCAUAUAUGAUCAAUCUAUAGAUUUAAAUUGACAUUUGAAUUUUUAACGUAUUCGUAUUCAUUCUCUGGGAUAUCAUCGCAGCAAUAACAAUAAUAAUAAUAAUAUUGUGUCUUGGGAAAGACACAAUAUUUUGUGUCUUUCCCAAGACACAAGAUAUUGAAUUGGAAUAGUCAAAAAAAAACAUAAAAUGUACAACAAGUUCACAUUCAUAGCUUUGGAAAGACUCGCCGUUGAGAAUUCUAAAUAUAUUAGAAAUAUUGAUAACAAUAUACUCGUGAGACAUAUUUUGAAAUAAUUCAUCUGUUGAAUAAAAACAUCUUGCAACAAGAAAUUUUUUUGAAUUGGUUUUUGAAAGUCAAUAACUAGGAACAAUUUUCAAUUUGAUAAUUUAUAGAAUGUAUGAAUAAAGACAGAAAUAUUUAAGGACAGAAAGAAGUGUUAAUAUUUCAUUUUUGCUGAAAAAAUUUUUCUCUGUGUCUAGUUUAUCAUAAAACUCAUUUCUGAAUCACAUGUGUUCACUAAGUUUUUCAAUUCCUGAUAUAUAAUUUAUGUUGAACUUCAUAUUCCAAAUGAUAGAAAUGCAUCAUGAAAAAUAUCUUUCGACAAAUUUCUUAUGACAAUAUUGAACUGAAUAUUAUUUGUAUAUAAGUAUAUGUAAUUGAACAAUGUUGUAUAUACAUUCCUGAAACAAUAUAUUUUCAAAUACA